AUGAAAUCGCUGAUUCUCCUUCUUCCCAGUUUUGCGCACGCCAUCUGUCCGGAGCCAGACUAUGAUGAUUCGGUUAUGUGGAUCUCCUGCAGUGAAAAUGAAUGCAACAUUGAGUGCCUUGACACGCUUGAAGAGCAUGUGAUUGGCUGUACUGAAGACGGAACCCUUCAAAGCUCACUGCCCAGCUGUAAAAACGCGCAAUGCCCCGAAAUUUCCCCCUCGCCGAAUCGUCAAGACGAUUGCGACGAAAUUUCGUGUAAAUUCUCAUGCCCAGACGAUCUUGAACUUGUCGGCCCAACUUCAAUUUUAUGCGAAAAUGGAGUUUGGUCUGCAGAAUUACCAGUCUGCGGACCUCCUGCCAGCUGUCCAGAGUUGCAUCAGCCAGAAAACGGAUUCAUCAAAUGUACUGGCAACUCGAGAAGAAGUGUCUGCGAGUAUUCGUGUGCGGAUGGAUUCCAGCUUGUCGGUGAGCGAAGCCGCACAUGCGAAUACUCUGGGGGCGAGCUCGAAUGGAGUGAUGAUGAUCCGUCGUGUCAACAAAAUGUUUACACUCCAGUACCAAACGAAGACACCGACAAUCCUCAGUCUGACGCCACGCCCGACAAUAACGACCAGAGUGUUUGGAAUUUAUUGAAAGAAAAUCAGAUUGUGGUGGGCAUCAGUGCCGGCGUUUUCUUGUUGAUUCUGACGCUUUCUGUCAUGCUCGCUUAUUGUAUUCGAAAGAAGAGGACGGGAAAAGAACCCAACGAUAUUGAGCUGUACCACAAGUGGGAUCGAAAUCCUACGCUUAAUCCAGAGAAUACCUUCCAUGACCAAAUCGUAACUUCUGGACCUAAUCGGGAUAAUUCUAUUUCCGACCCUUCACAAACGUUUUACCAGCCGAACCAUAAUCGCGCGCAAUAUCCGAUAAGAGGCGGAAAUGUCUCUCCUUAUAGCCAGGUCAACGUCGGAGGCACCUCUGAAAACGACCAGCUGUUGACAGCGGACGAAGGAGGGCCCAGUAUUUAUGAUCCGUCUAAUGCAGAUCAAGCCCAAAUCGAAAUGAGGCCUCAGAUGGAGGACUACUUUGUGGAGAAAACGGUCCUCACCAAGUUUGAGAUUGCGCUUCUCUUCAGCGCGACCUGCUUCUUUAUUCGUGCCAAGUUCCCCAAGCUUUUCAAUCCUAACAACUGGGGCAUCGUUGGCAGCCUCCAGAUCUUGUGCUACAGAGCAGCUAAAUUCGCCGAACGCUCUUCCUUCCUCAUGUGCCUGCUUUUUUUUGUUGCUGGUUUCUUGACGCUCAAGUACAAAGAACCGAUACAUGUAAAUGUAUUUUGA